AUGGCAGGUGCUAACGAAAGCGGUGCUGCAACGCAAGCCUCGGAGCUUGCACCAAACGACGCAGCCAAGCCGGCGGCUGCUCAGGACAUGGAGGACCUCGAUGCUCCGCGGAAGGGCUGCCGGUACAGGGUAAAGUUUUUGCUCGUCUGCGUGAUUCUCCCCGUGUGCAACGGCCUUCUGUGCAGCAUGCUCUGGGCGGCGAACUCCUUGCACUAUCAAGAGCAAGGAUGGCCGCUCUGGCGCUUGGGCGUGAUUGGCCUCGUCUCUUCGAUGGCCAGGCUUGUGAUGACUCAGCUUUCGAAUCUCUUCGGCCCGUGGUUCUCCCUGUUGAUCAACAUUGUGCAUCUUGGCUGUUUGGCGCCGGUCUUGGUCACAGUGCAGGAGGAGUGGUAUGUGGCUUUGCAGAUGUUCGUGAGCAUAUGCUUGGAUGCUGUUCUCACCAACGACGCCAUUGUCUUCUUCCACUUCUCAGAGUCGGAGAGCGAAGCCACUUACGCAACCUCUUGCCAGCUGCAGUGCUAUGUGCUGGGCUACGCGAGUGCCUCCACCAUUGGUGGGGCCAUCUACGACCUGGCCCGUUGGCCGGGCGUAGUCAUUGCGCACGUCUGCCUACAAGUGGUCGUGUGUGGUGUGCUCGUGGUGGAGCCAUGUGUGCACAAAAGUAUCGCAGACCUAUGCCGUCGAUGUUGCCGUCGAUGCUACAGCCACACAGAGGAUUCGAAACCGACUGAGAUGAGCUCUGUGCUGCCCGGGUCGGAAUCGGCGGGCAUGUCCAUACGUGUAGUGGCGGUACCUCCCACCGAGCAAAGUCUUCCUGGCGCAGUUGCAGAAGAUCUCGACCAGGACCAUGGGGCUCUGCGGAAUCGAGCUCGCUCAUCCACAAACAGUGAAGACGGCGACGUCCAAAAAAUUGUUCCGGCACCUUCUGAAGACAGACCCCAGCCUUCGCCAAACACUCAGGCCUUCCUGAGCCCUGAUCAAGCAGUUGUGGCCCCAUGGGGCAACCGACUCCUCUUCGGCUCGGAUAGCAACUACUCUGAGGCAGGUCGGCCCCGGGCUGGCUCGGGUGGCAGCAGCGUCGGCAAUCGGCCCCGGGCUGGUUCGGGUGGCAGCGGCGUCAGCUACUCUUCCCAGCAGUCUUUGGCGAAGGCAAAGCGUGUCUCCGAGUUGUUGGCGCAAUCCAUCCCACCCCAGCGCAACUCAUUGGUGAUGCGCGUUCCACCCGUUCCUCCACCGGACCCAUCCCAGCCUUCCGAUUUGGACCGGCGGAGCCGGCUGCCCAGGAGUCUCUGGCUCCCUGCCUUCCUGGCUGGUCUGUUCAGCUGCGUGUACAACUUCGCCUAUGUGACAGAGUUUGUCCUCUUCGCUAUCUACUUCAAGGAACAGCACAACUGGCACUCCGCGACAUGGGCCGGAGUGGCGCAGUCUUCCGGCGACAUCUUGGCUGCAGUGAUCCUGCAGUUGAUUGCGCGCUUCGCGCCGCCAUCACCUGAGAAGGAGCAGGCAGGCUUUGAUGCUGGCGGCGCCACUCGCGCGUGGUAUUCCAUAUCGGCAAAGCCGUACAACUUGGUUUGGUUCUGCCUUUGGUGGGUGGUUCUUUGCCUGGGCAUGACUGUCCCGAACUUGCCCGUGGUGAUCGUAUCCCAAGUUGUUAUGGGAACUCUCUAUGUCACCUGCAUCCAGGGCGCCACGAAGCUCAACACUUACUACUCCUUAGGAGAUGCUAACGUCUUCAUAAGCCUUCAGCUGAUCAAGCUCAACGCAGAAGCUGUGGGCAUGUCCCUCGCCACCCUCACGGCCAUGGUGCUUUAUGAGCAGGUCCACCCCAACGCGCCCUUCAUACUCAGCGCGGCUUUGAACUU